AAUAUCCUCUGUAUCCUCUGUAUAAUUUUUGUUUCUCAAUUAUUUCAGAUUAUCAAAAACAGCAAAGGAUUGUUCUCAUCAGAUACAUCAUCAAUAUUGAUCAUAUCCUAAAGACUAAAGGAAAGUGUUAUAAAGAACAAAUAUAAUUCUAUUUAUAUAAAUGUUUGGGGAACUACAGAGAAAUAUUUCUUCAGAACUAAGAAUGAAUAUCAAUGUUUGUCUUGUUCACUGUCUGAAAACUUUACAAAAUCACUUUGCAUUUUAAUUGAAUCUGGAUUGCAAAGGAGUUUGCAGAAACUUCAGAUAAUCACCAAAAUUCACAGCUGAUGGAAAUAUAGCAGCACUAAUAUUUGUUCAGAGUAAGAUAUUAGAACAAAAACUAAAUCGUCUGUAUAUUGUAGUAAGGAAAGAAAAAUUAUGGAAUGUGAGUUAAAUGAGAUCAAGGUUGAAUGUGAAACGGAGACUAAAAAGAUUGAGUUACCUGAUGAUAUAAAUUCUGAGGAAGGAAAACCAUCAUACCAUUGUGAUAUCUGUGGUAAAUCAUUUUCUAAAAGGAGCAGCCUAACCAAACACAAAAAUAUCCAUACAGGGGAGAAACGAUAUCACUGUAAUAUCUGUGGUAAAUCGUUCUCUCAGAGUAGCAGUGUAACUAAACAUAAGUUUAUUCACACAGGAGAGAAACCAUAUCAUUGUGAUGUCUGUGAUAAAUCGUUCUCUCGAAAUGGUGCCUUAUCUAGGCACAAACGUACUCAUACAGGAGAAAAACCAUAUCACUGUGAUGUCUGUGGUCAGUCUUUUUCUCAGAGCGAUCACUUAACUAGCCACAUACGCAUUCAUACAGGGGAAAAGCCAUAUGUCUGUGAUUUCUGUGGUAAAUCAUUCUCAGAGAAAAGCACCUUAACUAAACAUAAACGUAUUCACUCUGUAGAAAAACCAUAUCACUGUGAUAUCUGCGAUAAAUCUUUCUCUGAUGAAAGCCGCUUCACCAAACACAUGCAUAUUCAUACAGGAGAGAGACAACAUCACUGCGAUACCUGUGGUAAAUCAUUCACUCAAAGAAGUGACUUAAAUAGACACAAAUACAUUCAUGCUGAAGAGAAGCCGUUUCACUGUGACAUCUGCGGGAAGGCUUUCUGCCAUAAUGGCAAUUUAAAUAAACACAAAUAUAUUCAUACUGGAGAGAAACCAUAUCACUGUGAUAUUUGUGGUAAAUCAUUCUGUGACACUACAAUCUUGACUCGACACAAACGCAUUCAUACAGGAGAGAAACCAUAUCACUGUGAUACCUGCGGUAAAUCAUUCUCUGAUGGUACAGUCUUGGAUAGACACAAGACCAUUCAUACAGGCGAGAAACCAUAUCACUGUGCUAUCUGUGGUAAGUCAUUCACUCUGAAUGGCAACUUAACUAAACACAAACGUAUCCAUUCAGAAGAAAAAUCAUAUCGCUGUGAUAUUUGUGGCAAAUCAUUCCUUCGAAAGGAUCAUUUAACUUCCCACAUACGCAUUCACACAGGUGAGAAACCAUUUCAUUGUGACAUCUGUGAUAAAUCAUUCUCUCAUAAAGGUAGCCUAACUAUUCACACAAACACCCAUCGCGGAGAGAAACAUCUGUGUGAUGUCUGUGGUAAACCACUGUCGCAUGCUGGUUACUUAACUCAACACAAGCAUAUUCAUGCGGUUGAGAAACCAUAUCACUGUGAUAUUUGUGGUAAAUCAUUCUCUCAAAGAAGAAGUUUAACUAAACACAAUCGGACUCAUACAGGAUGAAAGCCAUAUCACAGCAAUAUCUAUGGAAGAAUAUAUUUACUUGAAGAAGUUUAACUAAACACAAUCACAGUCAGGCAGGAUGAAGGUAGGAUAUAUUCACUCAAAGAAGAAGCGUAACAUACAGGAAAGAAACAUUACCUAUGUUAUGUGUGUGGUAAAUUAUUUCUCUGACACUGAAUGCGGUUGAGAAACCAUAUCACUGUGAUAUUUGUGGUAAAUCAUUCUCUCAAAGAAGAAGUUUAACUAAACAUAAUCGGACUCAUACAGGAUGAAAGCCAUCAUCAUUUAUCAUUUAGCGUCCGCUUUCCAUGAUAGCAUGAGUUGGACGGUUCAACUGGGGUCUGGGAAGCCUGAAGGCUGCACCAGGCCCAGUCUGAUCUGGCAAUGUUUCUACGGCUGGAUG